AUGAUUUAGAAAUGGAUUUGCAUAGGAUCACCCUCGUGUUUCUAACGGCUCUUCUAAUGCAGUACAGUAACCACAUGGUCCGAUGCGUCAUAACAGAUGUACAACUGGUUGGUGGUCCAUCAUCUAAUAAAGGUACAGUAGAGAUCAAGCAAGAUGGCGGCGAUUGGGAGACGACAUGUGGAAUGAAUCUUGACUUCAAUGACGUCAUCGUCAUCUGCAGACAGUUAGGAUUCACUGGAGCAAGCCUGGCAACGAAGAUCACACCUUAUGGGCAGAAUUCAAAUCCUCUCAUAGGGUUGAAUUGUAACGGAAGUGAAGGUAACCUGUCAGCAUGUCCUACAUUCUCACCUACAUCCGGAUGUUCUUCAGCAGGAUCUGCAUCUUGUCAUGAUUUUGGUGCUGUAGUUGGAGAAGGUGUUGUCAUUAUUCUCCUGAGUGUCCUUCUCAUCGCUUUGGUAAUAUACAACAUUCGAAUCCGAAGGAUGAUGAAAGGCCCGAACAAGGAUCAGAAGACACAACAUGUGGCUUUGUUUGAGGCUUCGAAGUCGCCUGAAAAAGACACAGGUUUUUAUCAUGAUAUUCAGGAUGUCAUGAAAUCGGAUCCAACGACAACAUCUGAUGGAGAUACUUACUACUCUUCUCAGAUAUACGAACAAAAACGUGCAAAUGUAUUGAAUCCUGACGACACCAGUGCACCACACCACUCCUAUAUGAUCUAA